AUGAUGUCGUCUACGACGGAAGAUGGAGCUACGGUGACAGUACGGAACCCGCUGCUCGUGGUGAUGCAAGCCCAAGCGGAGAAGGAGAAGAUAAGGGAGCGACGACGCAAGAUUAGGGCCGAGCGACGGAAGGAUCGCGAACGAAGACGAGGAACCGGCCAGGUCGGGGGCCACGUGCGCCCUACGACCUACACGCCCCCUCCGCCCCUCCUCAUGCCCUCGGCAUCUUCAUCUUCUUCGAGCAACGGGGGCGUCUCAUUCUCGAAGAAGAACGCGGACAUCAACUACGACGUGAAGAUCGUCGGACCCAAGGUCCCAUGGGAGCACAAGGGCAGCAAGGCCCCCUCUUCAUCUUCAACAUCAUCGACCAAGGGGCGAGGGAUGGCGGCAAACGGGAAGGGCGCAAGCAACAGCGAUUCGGAGGUGGGAACGCGUAGGGGCAAGGCGACCAAGGAGGAGAUGGCCAACGGCAACGCCGCCAUGUCCCCCGCCCAGCAGCUCCUCAUGCGCAUGUAUCAAAAGAAGCAGCCGCAGCCGGGGAAGGAGGAGGAGGCGAGCCGGGCGGCGGCAGCGGCGAUGGUGGUGCAGCACAGCCCGCAGCAGGAGAAGCUGGUGGCGGAGGUGGCCAAGCGGGUCCACGAGGCGUCGGCAGAGGGCCACGGCGGCCAUCAACAGCAGCGGACGAGAAGGAGGAACGAGGAGUACCUUGUCGAGAGCGACCUUCAUGAGAUUUGUGACUGGCUGGCUUCCCUCAAGCUACCCGUGCCGGACUACCUCGAGCCGCUGGUGAUGGAGGGCUUCGACAACAUGAACACGAUCCGGCUGCUGCAGGAGGAGGACCUGAUCAAGCACGUGGGCAUCAACAAGACGGGCCACCGCAAGAAGAUCAUGUACUGGGUACACCGCAACCGACCAGAGGGCUACUUCGACAUGAUGAGCGACGGCGAGCAGGAGGACGACGACCAGGACGACUACAACAUCAUGUCCGAGCUCAACUGGUCCUCCAGCGACUCCUCGGCCGCGACCUGA